AUGGUGUCAAAGUCUGAGGAGACCGACAUCGGCGUCACUUCGUCCUUUGAUUCUGAUGCACGACCAGCUGAGGACGAGAAUGCAUGGAUCCGUUUCAUGACAGCGUUGAAAUGGUAUCCAAAAGGCAUGCCGGCAGAAGAGAAGUCACUUGUACUCAAGCUCGACCUCAGCAUUCUCAUAUUCGGAUGUUUGUCGUUCUUUACGAAAUACCUCGACCAACAGUCUCUCACAAAUGCCUAUGUUAGCGGGAUGAAAGAAGAGCUUCAUCUCUUCGGUAAUGAGAUAAACUAUUUGACGGCGACUUUCUGGGCAUCGUACUGUACUUUCAUGAUUCCGGCAUGUUACUUCCUGACGCACUACCCAGCGAACCUAGUCUUGCCGAUUCUUGAAGUAGGCUGGGGCCUCUCAACAUUUGGUCUGGCUUGGGCACAGAACGUCGAGACUGUAUAUGCAAUGCGCUUCUUUACCGGUGUCUUCGAGUGCUGUAGCUUUACAGGCACGAUCUACGUCAUUGGAAGCUGGUACAGGCCUUCUGAAGUUGGAAGACGUGUUGCAUUGUUUUACGUCGCCGCUCCGCUGGGAACGAUGUUCGCGGGGUACUUGCAAGCGGCCGCCUAUACAAAUCUGAACGGUGUUCACGGACUGAGCGGGUGGAGGUGGCUUUUUAUUGUCGACGCCAUCAUCACACUCCCCAUAUCUCUGCUAGGCUUCUACAUCUUUCCAGACGUACCGUCGAGAAAGAAACCGCGCUUUCUGUCUGAUUCCGACCAUGUCUUUGCCCAAAAGCGCAUUGCCGGGAAGACUGCGCCCCCGCAACUCAAGAUAUCGCGAUCUAUCUUCCGUCGCGUCUUCGCGCGAUGGCAUUGGUACCUCUUUGUCGCGCAAUGGUCCAUCAUGGACCAGAACUUCCUGCCUAGUGGCUCACCGUUCUCAUUGUAUCUGAAGGCGAACAGCCAGAUCUACUCAGUUGUGCGUAUCAACACUCUACCCACUAUUGCCACAGCAGUGAGCGUCAUUGUUGCGCUCACGUGCGGUAUCAUCGCAGAUAAGACGGGGAGAUUCUGGCUGCCUGCAUAUGUGGUCACUCUGCCAGUGAUCGUCGGUUGUGCACUGUUAGUCUCUUGGGACGUUGGUGAAUCUGGUCGACUUGCGGGUUUCAUCCUUACAGGAUUCGAAGGAGCGCUUUCCCCACUUACGAUGGGCUGGGCUACUGUCACUAUGGCUGGCGAUGCUGAGGAGCGUGCAGUUGUCACUGCGAGUAUGAACGCUAUUGGACAAGGCAUCAUGGCUGGCACACAGGUGGUGCAGUAUGCUGCGACUGAUGCGCCGAGGUUCAGAGGUGGCUUUGCGAGCAAUCUAGCAACUUCGGUUGCACAGCUUGUGUUGAUAUCAGUGAUCUUGUGGCUCAGCUCGCGUGACAAGAAGAAGGUGGGGGACGCACAGGAGAAGGUGUUGGGUCACGGAGAAGCUGCUGUCGCUGCGAAGUUGUAA